GGCAGGGGUAUUUUUGUCCAUUUUUUGAAUUUAUGUCCUUCGCUCGUUAUUCCUUUUUUGUUUAUCCUUGGCCGAGCUGGAAUUGGAUUCAUGAGAGAGAAUGAGAAGUAAACAGAGCAAUCGAGAGUUUUUCUCCGAAGGAUCUGUCGAUGGCGAGAAGGUUGGUGGAGGACGCGAUUCUUAGCUUAAUCGGCAGCGGAUUUGCGAGUUAUAGUUGUUAGAAGGUCUGUGGAGGACGCGAUUCUUCUUCUUCUUCUUGCUCGAGGUUUUGGCUCGAUUUGUUUGUGUUGAAGUUUCUGCUGGCCGUUGUUUGGUCUCCGUCGAGGAAUUUUUUGAAUCUUCUUUGUUGACUGAGCUUUUUUAGUGCAAUGAGUGAUCUCAAUCAAGGCGCCAUUGUUUCUUUGAAUGAAUCUAAUACUGGAUCUAGUUCUUCUAAUAGUAUUGUUGAAUCGGAAGGUUUUGAUGGUAUUGAUCCUAAUGUUCGAAGUUCCUGGAACAAUCUUGAGUUCGCUACAACUGAUGAUGCAUAUAGAUUUUAUGUGGAUUAUGGGAAUUAUAAAGGUUUUUGUGUGAGGAUUUACCAUCAGUCGGCAUGUCCGAAGCUUAAUAAUGGUUCAAAUGCGGUUUAUUAUAUCAAGUAUUGUUGCAAUAAGGAAGGCUGGAGGAUUGGUAGUGAGAAUAAUCCUGCUAAUCGUGGUUCUAUUGAUGCGAAGGCUCGUGUUCGUCAUGUUCCAGAAAUCAGGGGUGGAUGUGAUGGUGCCUAUAUUCGAAUUAGGUGGUUUAAGCAGUUCAAUUGUUACAAGAUUUAUAAGUGGUAUGAUGUGCAUAACCAUGACAUGAUUCCUGUGGCUAUGCGUCACUACAUGAGAUCGAAUAGGAAAAUGGCUCCUGUGUAUAAACUGUUGGCAGAUGUGAAUGAUGCUGCUGGUAUAGGUGCGACUGCUUCGUAUAAUGCAAUUAGUACAGCUGGUGGUGGUCGGAAGUGUAUUGGUUUCACAAGAAAUGAUUUGAAGAACCACCUGCGGACAGUGAGGACGUCAUCAAUGGAGCAUGGUGAUGCAACUGCAUUACUAAAACACUUUAGAAGACAAGCUAAGCUGGAUCCUGGCUUUUUUCAUGAGGUAGAGGUUGAUGUGGAUGAGAAUAUUGCUAGUAUUUUUUGGGCAGAUGGGAAGAUGCGGAUGGAUUAUCAUUUUUUCGGGGAUUCAGUUAGUUUUGAUACUACAUACAGAACGAAUAAAGAGUAUCGACCACUA